GUCAUAACCAAAACGCAACACCACUUUCUUUUCCCUUUUCUUCACUUUCACUUAUUCACUUUCCUUCUUCCCUUUCCAAUACCAUCGUUUAUUUCACUUCAUAUUCCUUUCUUCCAUUUUCAAUCAUCGAAGUUUCUCUCCUAAAUCAAUGGAUUGGGGAAACGUUACCGCUGAAGAUCUCGUCGACGCUCUCCGUGAAGUCGAUUGGUCAUCGCCGCCGCGUCCUCUCUCCGAAUUCUUCUCCCGAUUCACCGUUCCGCGAUCUUCCUCCAAAUGGAACAGCCGCCUCAAAUGCAAUCUCUACUACUACAGGACCAACUAUUUCAUUUUGAUUGUUUCUGUUCUCAUAUUGGGGUUUCUUCGGAGGCCGCUUGCUAUUGUGGCUGCACUUCUUACAGCACUAAGCAUAGCCUUUCUAAAUGACAGCUUUGCAGGUACCUUUAGUGAGAAGGUGACAAGAACAGUUAGGCAAUUUUCACCUCAUUUAGCUGCCAAAAUGAGACCCCCGCUUACGCCUGUUAUUCGUGGACGUCCAUCAGCUAAGAGAGCAAUUUAUAUUUGUGGCCGGCCUCGUUGGGUGUUUGUCUUGAUAUUUUCUUCUGCAAGUUUCUUUCUUUGGUUUGUUUCGGCUGGUCUCCUGACUGUUUUAUGGGCGCUUGCUAUUGGUCUCCUUGCUACCAUCCUGCAUGCAAGCUUUAGAACACCUAACCUGAAAGCACGUCUAAACACAUUCCGUGAAGAAUUUCGUGCUGUAUGGCGCAAUUACAGCGAGCUGUAGUUCACAUAAAAUUUGCUGGACCGGAUGUAUGCCGUAUGCUGCGUUUUAAUGGGAACAUUUUCGUUUGAUUGGAUUGGAAUUUUCCAGGGAGGCUGCCAACUGUCCAACAGAUUGUAAAUUUCAGAUGGUGUUUUUGUAAAGUACACUGUUUUCAUUGUUUAUUAUAUCUUAGUGGAAGCAUUGGAAUAUUGAUACAUCCUGUAACAUAGGAAUUGUCACCAUUACUAGUUUUCAGAAUUCUUUACUGCUGUGAGAAAUAGGCAAAGAUACUUUCAAUUACCUUUACGGUUCUUAUUUGGUACUUUGAUUUCUGUUUUAGUAAAGAUUACAAAUAUGGUUGAUUGCCUUGGAUUA